CAUAUCCAUCAGUCAAGCAUAGCCUCGCGGCCAAUUGCCGGACACGGCAUAGCCUCCUGGCGUCAGCUGUCAGUCAGCUGUCAUGCGUCAUCCAUUCCACGCUGUCUUGACUUCCGAGGUUGGGCGGCAUGAAGCUGCGGGUGCAACGUUUGAAGGCGGAUGCCUUCGAUCUGGAUGUUCAGCCAGAUUGGACUGUGCAGGCAGUAAAGGCGGCAAUAGCUACCGCGAAGCCAGAUAUGCCAGUGGAGCUUCAAAAGGUUUUGCACAAGGGCAAAGUACUGCAGGAUACUGACACACUGGAGGAGCGUGGCGUUGUCGACGGCGAUUUUGUGGUGAUCAUGAUGUCCAAGCCCAAGGAGGAAGCGCCGGCACCUCCAGCGGCACCGGAAGCUCCCGCAGCACCGGCGGCACCUCCAGCGGCACCGGCAGCACCGGCGGCACCGGCAGCACCGGCGGCACCGGCGGCUCCAGCUGACAUGGAGCCAGCAAUUCAGAUGCUGUGCAGCAUGGGCUUCCCCAGAGCCGCGGUGGAGCAAUGCUUGGCGGCAGCCUUCAACAAUCCUGACAGGGCAGUUGAGUACUUGACGAGCGGCAUCCCGCCACAUCUGGCGCAGGCAGCCAACCAGCCGCCCCCAGCUCCUCCUGCCCCAGCUGCACCACCUGCAGAACCGCAAGCCCCAUUCAAAGCACCGCCGCCGGGUCCGCCAAUGGGCGGCCUCAUGCCAGCUAGGCCAGUGCUGCCAGCGCCAGAAACAGGACCCUUGGCGGCCCUGGCGAAUCAUCCCAAGUUCAACGCGCUCCGGCAAGCAGUGCAGCAGCAUCCGAGUAUGUUGAACCAGGUUCUCACCGUGAUCGCAAAGGGUGACCCCAACAUGAUUCCCCUCAUUGCAGAGCACCAGGACGAGUUCGUGCGCCUGCUUUCUCAGCCUGCCACGGCUGACCCAAUCGCGGCUAUGCUUCAAGCAGCGCAGGCUGCAGGGGCUCCUGGCGCACCUGCUGCGCCAACUGCCCCGCCGCCGCCACAACAGCUGGGGCCAGAUGGCGAGCAGGCAGUUCAACGGCUGCAAGCCCUUGGAUUCUCUCGGGGUGCGUGCAUCGAAGCCUAUUUGGCCUGCGACAGGAACGAGGAAAUUGCGGCCAAUUACCUCUUCGAUCGAAUGGAGGAAUAGAAUGCAUUGGG